GUUUAGAAGUGGUGACAGCGGAUUCUCUGCAACUUGUAUUUCUCAUGUGCAUAUAGUUGGUUUGAAGUCUGUUUUGUGGCAUGUAUUUAUGGUGGUGAUUUCAUCAAAUCAGGUUUCAGGGAGGCGCACAAAGCGAUCUCGUGAAGAUUGCUCCACGAGCUCCGCCAAACCCAGACGAGUGUUUCCGGCGAGCGCGAGCAAACCAUCGACACACGACCGACACUGAGCUGCUGUUAUGCGCGUUUGCUUCGUUUUCUUUGUUUGCUCUGAAGCUCUGGCAACGGGUUGGAAGACAGUAAUAAAAGACACUCCUUGUAAGCAGCAACACUGGCACAUUUUUGACAUGUAAAAGCAUUAUUUCCAAUGGCAGCUGACCAAGUCAGGAUUACAGCAUCAGGAAACAACUGAACAGCUCGACUGAUUUACAUGAACUACUUCUCUAAUAAUGCUAUUUAAUUCAACCUGCGAUGCUUUUAACAAAUCAGUGUCCUUCUUCUACAACGAGACUGGCAAGCCCAUCAGCGCGAGCUGGCGGACUCAUGACUUUAUCGUUGUCGGUCUUGGGGUCCCGAUUUGUGUUUUUAUUAUUCUGGCAAAUAUGUUGGUCAUAGUGGCCAUAAUCAUUAACCGACAGUUCCACUUUCCCAUUUAUUACUUACUUGGGAACAUGGCAGCUGCAGACCUCUUCGCCGGCAUCUCGUAUCUCAACCUUGUGUUCAACACUGGGCCGUGGACCAUCAAGUUGUCCGUCAAUGAGUGGUUUAUUCGUGGAGCUUUGAUCAACAUGAGCCUGACCGCGUCUGUAGUCAACCUUCUGGCGGUGGCAUUGGAGCGCCAUCAGACCAUCUUCACCAUGCAGCUCCACAGCACCAUGACCAAGCGGCGUGUGGUGAUGCUGAUAGUCACCAUCUGGCUGGUGGCCGUCUUCAUGGGUUUGGUGCCCAUCAUGGGCUGGAACUGUGUUUGUGACCUGUCCACCUGCUGCACGGUUGCGCCGCUGUAUUCCCGCAGCUUCCUAGUGUUCUGGGCUAUCCUCAACCUCAUGGCCUUCUUCAUCAUGGUGGCCGUUUACACUCACAUCUUCAUCUACGUUCGCCGGCGGAGCCGAGUAAUGUCCCCGCACAUGGAUCAGCCCUCCAACAAUCAGACUGUUAUCAGCCUCAUGAAGACCAUGUCCAUGAUUCUGGGCGCCUUUGUGAUCUGUUGGACGCCGGGUCUGGUGAUUCUGUUACUGGAUGGUCUCAGUUGUGGAUGUCAGGUUCUUAAAUAUGAGAAGUACUGCCUGGUCCUGGCCGAGUGUAACUCUUUGGUGAACCCUAUCAUCUACUCGUUUCGGGACAAGGACAUGAGGACCACCUACAAACGCAUUCUCUGCUUCCCUUGGAGAAGAAUGCGCCAGCAUGAGGGGGCUUCUGGCAUCCGCUUUGAGUCUGUGAAAACAGAGGCACUCUUGGAGAAAAACAGCAAUUACUCCACCAGUUUAGAGCCCGUCUCACCACAAAGCCUAUUGUCUUCAUAGAAAACGUAUUUCUCAGUGUAAAUAAAUGACUUUGUAUUUGUUUAGUGAAAUGAUCACAGCUUGUACAAAGAGUAAAUACUACUUCAUUUUUGAUAGCUUGUUUUGGUACAUGUUUUUCUCUUUUUGACAAUAGAUGUCUUAGGGCUCUUUUGUGUCGUUUGGUUACAAGGCGCAGCCACAGGAAAGUUUUUUUUUCCCCAAGCAAAAGUAUUAAUAUUCAUAAAACAGCUCUUUUUGGACCAUUUUGUGUUGCUGGGAACAGAAAAAUAUUGGUGUUAUUUUAUUAUUAUUUUCUCCUAACAAAUCAGACUUGCAGAUUUUCAUUUUAAAGUGCCCAUAUUAUGUUUCUUCAGUACAAGUUUUACUUUUAGGCAGUUUUAUUUUAGGGGUCUGCUUGAGUACAUGUACAUUACUUUUUUUUUUAUUUCACCCUCUGUUCCCAUGCAUUUAAAGCUACAAAUCUGCUUUGAUUGGUCAACUGCCUAAAGCAUGUUGGAAAUGUAAUGCCCCAUGACAUAAUCAGGUUCCAGCUCCCUAGGCUUCAUGAGCAGCUGUAAACAGUAUUUUAUAUUUGGUAACUGCCAUGGUUGUGUCCAUUCACAAAAAACAGCGUCUCCUUCCGCAUAUAAAAUCACUUACACAACAGUUUUUUUGAGGGCAGGACACAGCAGCCAGUAGGCGACAUUAUGCAAAUAUCUAACAUGGUGAUGUAGCCACAAAAAUAAUGGCAGAACUAUAAAUGAAGAGUUCCAGGCAAGUGUUUUCUGUUGGAGUGAACUUGCUUUGGCUGUAACUGCAGAUCGUUUACAUGCACAGACAGAUGUAUUACACACUAAAAGCAAUCAAAAAAGCAUAAUACAGGGUUUCUGUGGGUCUUAAAUAAUGGCAUUUAAUGUUGCAUGCAUUGGAAAAGAUGAAUAUCUUCCUAUGUAUAUUUGUUUUCCAAUAGAAACAUUUAAACGUAUAUUAUUGAAAAAUUUGAACAAAAUUAAAUUUAUGCUUAAAGCACAAACAAGCAUCUGUCAAUGGGGUAUGACAGCUUCUUGUGAUUUUUCUGAGCCCACUGGCAGAUUUUUUUUAUUUUUUUUAUUAUAAACUCGCUUCUUACCUCAUUUUAUUUCUCAAGUAUCUUGUUUUAAGAUAUUUAGACAUGUGCACUGAAAAACAAGACAGAAAUACUGAGGAAGAACAUCACUUUCGCGAUGUGAUCAGAAGUUAUUUCCAUAUUUUAUUGGUUGGGAGCUAACAUAUUUAAUUUUCCACAUAAAAUGAAUUAAAAAGGAGUAGAGAUUGGUUGGAAGCUGUAUUUUUGGUACUUAAGACAUAAUUCAAUUUUCAACAUACUGAUCCCUUAAAUUUACCUUCAUAAAACCUGCUGAAACCCUAAUUAAAAUACUACUACUACUACUACUAAUAAUAAUGACAUUGGCAUUAAAAUCCUUUAAAGUUCAGCGUGUGAAAAAGAAGCUUUGUCUUUAUACUGAGACCAGAAUAACACAGACUCGGACCACUGUGUAAAAACCAAGCAACAAUAACAGCAACUCUAACAACCACACAGGAACACCCUGACAUCAUGGCGGUGAUCUGUAAUUGACGAUAAUCUUCGAUUCUAAUGAUCAUGAAUUAUUGACUUUUCUUCAGAAAUAUUUUGCUAUAGAAAGCCCCACCUGAAACAAACAAUGGCCCUGAUUCCUGAUGUUUGGUUUUUGUCUUGUUUCUAAUUUUACUCUGUUGUUACAGAGCACAUAAUCAAUUUAAAAUGAGGAGAAAAGGUCUGAUUUAUUGUGAUACUGAUAUUAUUGUCCUUAUGCCGCAUAAAUAUUCUGGAAGGGCGAGACAAUCAGCUAGCUCGCUGAAAAAUGGCAGACUCAUUCAUAACCUUCUUAACCAGAUCCUUUUUUACGAAUUGUAACAUGCAAAUAGCCCCUUAAUGAACGGCAACAAAGAAAAACAAACAACAGGCUCAAAAGCACACUAGAUUAUUUUAUUAGUUUUUGUUUUUCUAAUAAGGAACACUACAAUUUUCUCAUAUUUAUUUUUUCUCUCUCACUAGAACAGUUCUAAAGUUGAGGUAUAAAAGGAGUUUAUACAGACUACCAAGUCUGAAAAUGGUGGGGUUUAUAUACAAGUGAAAUGGAGAGAGGAGAGGUAGAGAGGAGGGAGAGAAUGGUAAAUACAGAAGGAAGCGUGUACUACAAUUCUAGUAAAAUAAUGAUAAAAAUCGAGAAUAAAAUGCUGAUUUCAUCCGAUUACGGUGCUGUGGAAUCCACCUCAGAUCAUAAUCCCGAGUUUACAAACUGAUUCUAUGGAUGCACUUUUGGGAAAAAGUCAUUUAGGAACUCGCAAAUCUACUUCUGAUAUGUAGUGUUCAAAAUAGUUACUCUGUUACAAAGCUUAUGCAUGUACUCCAAAUGUAUUCUUAUUUUUCUUGUCGUCGGUUAGUAGUGAUGAUCAACGGAGUGGAUUUUCACAGCACCUCAUAGAAAAUGCUACCAGCUUUGACAAAACCACACACACACAAAAAAAUAAAAAUAAAACACUCGAGACUCCCGAUCCAAAUAAAAUGUAACUGAAACGCUAAAAUGAAUAUUACAAAGACUAACAAAUAUUACUCUUGCUCAUGAGCGAAUCCAAAGCCCCCAGUGAUAAAAAAAAAACAAGAAAAAUAAAAGCGUACAAAAAGAGAAAAUACA